GAAGAAUAAAAUCGUGGAAUCUUUCAAUCUUUCAAUCUUUCAAUCUCUCUUUCCUUCCCAUUUCAUCACGAUCGUUUUUGGAUAUCGUCUUCAAUACAUACAUUCACCCUCAUUUUUGGUCCUUCUUUUGCGUUUGGAUGAUUCAUUAUUUCGCAUUGCAUCAUAUCUUGGAAACUACCAAGAGUUGCGUCCAAACUAUAUAUUCAGCUCCCGUCCUUAGCUACUUACUAAGUCGGAACACCUUUUUUUCUUGAUCUUGCGACAGGCUGAUCUCAUUCUUCAUUUUGGUACUCUCUUUCUCUCUCUCUCUCUCUCUUGACUUCAUAAUCAACAAUAUGUUUCCCAAACCUUUUUCAAGGAGCCUUCUCCUAGCAUUUUCUGUUUCUCAAUCCGUAUCUGGCAUCACGCUCGAUACAUCGAAUCCAACCUCAAUCAAAAAUGCAGCAGGUACCGUUGCACAUGGCCUCAUGAAAUAUUAUACCGGCAAUGUCACCAAUACCCCAGAUACUAUUGCGGUACUGCCAGCGCCGUACUACUGGUGGGAAGCUGGUGCUAUGUGGGGGACCAUGCUCGAUUACUAUCACUACACUGGAGAUUCCACCUACAAUGAUAUUACCACAGAAGCUUUGGCAUCUCAAGCUGGCCCGCUCUUUGAUUACAUGAUGCCGAACCACCAAAAGGAUGAAGGAAAUGACGACCAAGCUUUUUGGGGAAUGUCCACCAUGUCUGCUGCAGAAAAGAGUUUCCCGGAGCCCUCCAACACUGGGGGGUUUACUUGGGCAGAGUUGACCGAGAAUCUCUGGAACACCCAAGCAGCCCGCUGGGAUACUUCGGCUUGUGGGGGUGGUCUUAAAUGGCAGAUUUUCUCAUUCAAUAAUGGAUACACGUACAAGAACUCGGUUUCUAAUGGAGCUUUCUUUCAACUUUCAGCGCGUCUUGCACGAUAUACUGGAAAUCAAACAUACGUCGAUUGGGCAGAAAAGGUUUAUGAUUGGACUUCCAAGAUUGGAUUGAUUGAUUCAAAUUUCAACACUUUGGACGGUGCUGAUGAGUCCAAAGCUUGCACCAAUCCAAACAAAAUUACAUGGAGUUACAAUAAUGCCAUUUUCUUAUACGGAGCCGCUGUCAUGUACAACUACACCACCGAUUCCACUUGGCAAACACGAACCGAGGGUUUAUUAAAAGCCUCUUCCAAUUUCUUUACACCCGAUAGUAUCAUGUACGAACAAGCAUGCGAAGGAGUAGGUACCUGCAACAAUGAUCAGUUUUCCUUCAAGGCUUAUCUCUCACGAUUCAUGUGGGCAACUACUCAAAUGGCACCUUUUACAAAAGCCACUAUCACGUCAUAUCUCACCAAAUCAGCAUCCGCAGCGGCAAGUAUUUGCGUUGGUGAUGCUAAUGCUUGUGGCACAAAGUGGUAUACGGGAUCCAAUGAUGGAGUAUCCGGCCCUGGGCAACAGAUGAGUGCUCUGGAAGUCAUUCAAGGAUUACUUGUCUCUUCCGCCGCGCCACCAAUCGUCAAAGGCCAAGAAUCUGUUCAAUCAGCUUCUUCUUCUCCUUCCUCUUCAUCAUCAGCUCCUCCAUCUUCAUCCUCAUCAUCCGCCGCCAUUAUCACUAGCAGCACAUCCAUUGUUUCUAGCCACAGUAGUGUGAAACCGACCACUAGUGCUACCAGUGCCGCAACCACUGAUUCAUCCCCAGACGUAAUUGUCACCGAUACCAUCUUGGAAAGUACCACAGUUCCAUGCACGACUAGUUCUUCUACGGUAUACUCUUCCCCCGAAGUUCCUUCUUUCACCGCGCAGCCCUCUACACUUACUUCGGAAGAAGUAAAAUCUUCCACUGCUGUCCCUUCGUCUACUUUAAAAUCAUCCUCUACUAUCUCUUCUUCUAAAUCAAAGCUUUCAACUUUUGCUUUUGCAACUCCCGCACCUACUUUCGAUACCACAACUACUGUCAGUAUUCUCCACAGCACCACUGUAUCUUGCAACACAUCAGUAUAUGCCAACUCUACUAGUUGGCUUGCAUCAUCGUCAUUUUUGUCCAGUCGUCUUACAAUUGCUUCAUCGGUCCCUGUUGCCGUUACGUCUGCACUUCCUGCGUCUUCUAAAUCUUCAACCGCCUUACUGAUUGAUACUACUACACAGCCAGCGCCUGCCAUUUCAGGUACCGGUUCGAGAGGAACUAUGAGCUUAUCAACGACAGCUUCAGCCUCGGCGGUUAAGGCUACAGUCACGGCUGCUGCGGGAAGAAACAUGGAGGUUUCGGGAUCGGGUUUACUGGCCGGCGUGCUUGGCUUAGGGAUAUUCUGGGCUGUUUAGGAGUAGUUUAGAGGGUUGGGAUGGCGGCACAACAUGUAAUAUAGGAUAUGGGAGUUGCGUGUACAAAUGGUAUGAGAUUGGAUUGGAAUGGGGAUUGUCAAAAGCUGCUUAUAUUCUUUGAUUGACCGUUUUCCCCACUGCCAGAUUGUCUAGUUUAACUUGAGACAAUGACCCGGUGGGGAUUUCGGUCAAAACGGUACUUAUUUUUCUUUUGUGGCGGAUACAUAAAUGGAUGGAUAGAUUGGAGAAGAUAAUGAUGAUUGAGAUCUGGGGUAGACUGAGAAAGCUUCUGAGAAGAUUUGUAUACAAGAUACCCUGAAUCAAUAGAUACCAUAGAUAAAAAAAGUAACUAAUUUCA